GUCAGUGUAAUUUACCCUAGAAUUAAUUACCCCAAAACCAAACAUAAGAGGAAAAAGGAAAGAGCUUCCUUCCAGAGAACCCCAAUCGUGUUACCAACACACACAGACAAUGGCAGCAACCUCAUCACCGGCAACAAUCAACACCGCCACCGCCACCGCCACCGCCACCGCCACCGCCACUCCCUCCGGCCUCUCCGCCACCACCAACGCCUCCAAGAACCUUCGCGGUCUCAACAAACCCAAGUGCAUCAAAUGCGGCAACGUCGCUCGAUCCAGGUGCCCAUUCCAGUCAUGCAAGAGUUGCUGCGCAAAGGCUCAAAAUCCAUGUCAUAUACAUGUGUUGAAAGCCAAUGCAACUUUUCCAGACAAGACGCCAUCUUCUAGCUCUUCUUUGUUUGAUCAGCAGUCAAAUGAGGCAUCUCCCUCUGGGAACUCACAUAGAUUUACUUCCCUUCGGCAACUCUCUAACAAUUUUGCCCAAUUCAAUAAUUUGCAAAGCCCACUUCGUUCAAGGAAGCCAAUUACCAGAAAGGAAGCUGCAGUUAUAAAUGAGUGGAGGUUUCUGAAGUUGAAGGAAUACAAAGAGGGAAACAUCGAAGCAGAAAACGAAGCUUUCGACCGAUACAUGCAAAACGUUUGUUUACUGGAGGAGGUGCUUGCUGUGAAAUCUAUACCGAAAGGGCCUACCCAUUGUGGGUCCCCCAUCUCGAACCCUAACCCUAAUUUUGUCAAAGAUGGCACUGGAAUGGUAGCAGCAGCGACAAAAUUAAAGCUAAGAUCAAACCCAUAUAGGACUGAAAAUCUUAGAAAGAGAUUACAAGACGUUGUUGAUCGGGGACUACGGAAGCUUCGGAGAAUCAACUUAAACAAUGGAAGCAUUGACCCCAACAAGCAAGAAAAGGGAAAACCUAAGCCAGGUGAGUGGGCUUCAGCUUUUAGUGAUCUUCUUGAUAAGUUGAAUAAAGCUCGGAAUGAGGAAGAUUUGAAAUCUUGCUUGGAGAUGAAAUCUCAGCUCUUUGAUCGGUAUAGAAGGACAAGUCAAAUGGAAACUGAUGGUAGUACCGAGGUAUCUAAGGAGGAGACGGCCAAAAAUGACUUUUCACUCAGAAUACAAUCGGAUUAUUCUCUGCCAAAAUGGUUUAGCACGGCUAAUAUAGAUCAGGAUGCUCUCAAUCGUGUUGAUGUGCAUUUCUCUUCUCUUGAGGGAAUAGAGACUCUAUAAUUCGAAAUUAAUGUAGAUACAGGGUCAGUUUUUGUAGCCAUGUUUUAGUUGUCCAAAUUAAUAUAGUGGCCUGUAUACCCAUGUUGAAAGAUCAAAUACUUUUUAUAUGGAAAGUUCCUUAAAACAAUGACAUGUUCAGUUUUUUUA